UUAACGUUGGAAGAAGCUGAAAAUGAAUUUAUACAAUUGUUGGAUAAGAUCGAGCCUCGAAAGGUGGCAACUUUCUUGGAUUGGGUUAUGGACAGUUUUUCGGUUGUUGAUUCAUCGCAUGAUAGAAAAGGUGUUCGGUGUGGUGUUGAACGUGACGAUUUGUGUCCAUGGAAGAGUUCUGAAGUAGAAGAGGCGAACGCGAUUCUCAAAAAAAUCGCUCUUGAAAUUAGAGUUGAUCUACCUGUGACAGCUGUGCUUGACUCGGAGAACCUGCAUUGGCCGUCAGAUGGACUUGAUUCGGACUGUAGACCUGAAACGACGGUGCAUGUGGAUUCGUUUCUGUACGAUGACGAUGAUAUUGACGAUUUGGUUGAUGAAGGACGCUUAAAAAGGAGUUAUUGUUUGGCGUGCGGAUCAAGAAAUAUAGAACAGUUGACGUUCAUAUCGCAUUCACUUAGUGUUGACCAGCUCCGAUAUAUCUUCACUGCUUUGGUACCUUUGAAUGAAGCAAUGUCGAAUCGACUUAUAGUUGAUGUUGGUUCAAGACUUGGCGCUGUUCUCUAUGCAUCUUACCUUUACGGAGGUGGUCGUGUGAACGCGGUGGGCAUUGAAAUGGUUAAAGAGUUUUGUGCAUUGCAAGAGAAGGUGAUUCAGGAAAACGGAAUGGACGAUCGUAUUAAAGUCAUAAAUGAUGAUGUCAGAAAUCAAGGUUCGUUGCUCGCCUCUGCCGAUGUGGUUAUCCUCAACAAUGUUUUCAAUUUCUUCCUCCCUCCGAAUGAACAGUUGUCUUGUUGGAAGUUUUUGCAUGAAACAAUUCGUGGUGGCGCGGUUAUAGUCUCAAAUCCAUCGGUGGAAACAGUCACCGAACAUCUCAAUUUGCCGUUCACUUUGAACGAAUGGAUUACUAAGAUCGACACAAGUCACUUAGCUGCACGAUUCGCCGCAGCAGAUGAUGAGCUCUUUGAAGAUUGUGAGAAGUUGACUCUUUAUUCUGUGUCACGUCGUCAAACGCACACCAAAAACGAAUAA